GCAAAAUUUUACGCACGAUACGCCACACGUUUUAGCGCACAGAGUUGCCAGAUGGCCCUGGAAUGCAUUACAGCUGAUGCAAUAGAUAUCGAAAGCCAGCAUUGACGCGGGGCCAAGACUCGGCGGCUAUCAACUUGGAGGCAAACAUUAUGAAAAAUUCGAAAGGAAAAAAAGCACGUCGAAAGGCCAAGAAACAAAUUAAACGCCCGGAAACCAAAAAAAUGACUCAGGAAAAGCACAUAAUGGAACUGAUGCACGAAUACAACAAUCUGAAGGAUGCGACCCAGCUAGUAAUUGGAACCUUGGCCGCAUUGAAGGACAUUUCCAUCCGAUCAGCACAUGACAUGUACAACUUGCCUAACAAUGAAUGAAAAAUAAAUAGUUUUCGGGCUCGUUUAUG